GAAGCCAUAUAACACCAUCGUCCCAUUCACGGUUCACUUGGAAUGCGCUCCGCACCACAACUCUAUGUAGUAAGCACUUUCUCUCUCUCUCUCUCUCUCUCUCCUUAUUUGUCUCUCUUCCCUCCCUCUUUAACUCUCUGAUACACCGAGGACAGCGCGUCGUUGCCAUGGCACCGCCUCGCCUGAGUCAGUCCAGCGGUGUUAAAACGCGGUCAUUCUGCUGCUUUUGGUGCGUGAUGUUCAGUCAGCAUGUUGGCGCGCGCCGGCAGCUCUGAUUGGAUCUCCUGCGUGUGUGACUCCGGCGUGGACCGUCCCGGGAUAAGACUUGAGUGAGACGAAGCAUCGUGGAGGACGGUGGGAGACGCGUCGCACACCUGCGGCUGACUGGAGGGGAAAUAGAUGGAGGGACUCGGAGCUGACGCAUCCUACCGCUUCACCUCCUCUCGUGGUCCACGGGGGAGCGCGCUUGUAAGCUGAUUUGACCCGGCGGGGACGUUGAAUACCUCUCCGGGAUUAGAGAGGGUUACUGGGUGAACAACAAUGUCCCGCGGCUCGGUCCGGCACUCCCGGCUUUUGUUCGUGCGGCGGCGGACGCACGGUGCCUCCUCCCGGUCUCCCCCGGUUCAUCUCCAGUAAGCUGUAAAGCUCUGCUCCUUGUGUCUCCUCCUCGCCGCUUUCGCUCUGGUCAGCCACCCGGCGUUGGAGAGGAUAAUAUGACUUCCUGGCUGCGCACAUACGUCCCUCUGCGCCUCCUGCUCUGCUGCCUGACGGUCGCCCUGUGCGCAGAAGCCUCCAGCGCCGGUGCCAGUGUGUGUUGGUCGCCCAGCGUCACAUCUUGCACAGAUUGUCUCAGACGUGGACCACAGUGUGCCUGGUGUUUCAAGGAGGACUUUCUGAAUGGAGCAGGGCUGAGCCAACGCUGCGACCUGCCAGAGAACCUGCGCAGGAGAGGCUGUGGACCGGAGUUCACGGAGCAGUCGGAGACCAAGGUGGAGGUCAACGCCACCAUCAGCAGCACACAAGUGUCCCCACAAGACAUUAGCAUCAACCUCAGACCAGGUGCAGAGGCCAGUUUCAUAGUGUCUGUGAAGCAGCUGGAGCAUUAUCCAGUGGAUCUGUACUACUUGGUGGAUGUGUCGGCUUCUAUGCAGGAAAAUCUUGAUCAUCUGAAGACGGUGGGUGUAGCUCUGUCCCUUCGUAUGACGGAGCACUCCUCAGACCUUUGGCUUGGUUUUGGCUCAUUUGUGGACAAACCUGUCUCCCCUUACAUCAAUGUCCAUCCCUCUAAGAUCAGCAACCCCUGCAGUGAUUAUGAGAUCCGCUGUCGUCCAGCCCACGGCUUCCACCAUGUCCUUAGUAUGACUGGGAACAUGAGCGAGUUCACGCGUGUGAUCAAACGGCAGCGCAUCUCCGGUAACAUGGACACACCUGAAGGAGGACUCGACGCGAUGCUGCAAGCUGCCGUCUGCCAGAGGGCAGUAGGUUGGCGGCCGGAGGCAAAGCGUCUGUUGCUUCUGAUGACCGACCAACCGUCUCAUCUGGCUCUGGACAGCCGGCUGGCAGGGAUUGUAAGGCCUCACGACGGCCUGUGUCACCUAGAAAACAAUGUCUACACGGGGAGCACCAGAAUGGACCAUCCCAGUGUGGGCCAGUUGUCUGAUAAACUGCUUGAAAACCACAUCUAUUCCAUCUUUGCUGUGGAGAAGCAGCAGUACCAGUGGUAUGAGGAGUUGGUGUGCCUGCUCCCUGGCUCCUAUCUGGGGAAGUUAGGCCUCUUCCAGGCUCCAAACCUGAUAGAGCUGGUGGUGGAUGCAUACAAGAGGCUUCUGUCGGAGGUGGCGGUGUCAGUGUCAGUGGAGGACAAGGCAGUCAGCAGGUACUGGGUGUCUGUAUCUCCUAUCUGUCCUGAUGGAUCCACUGCUAAAGACCGGAGCUGCUCUGGGGUGCAACCAGACCAGACGGUCUAUUUCAACAUCACAAUUGGCCAGCACUCCUGUCCCAACGAUGGGGAGGAUGAAGAUAUCACAGUCAUGGUCCACCCUGUGGGUUACAAUGAGUCCACCGUCAUCAGGAUCCACUCGAAAUGUCGGUGCAGUUGUGGACUAAUGGGACGCUGCCAAGACGACAACCAGUCACCUUGCACAGGAACCCAAGAUGGUUCCCGUCAGAGACAGAGGCAGGAGCAAGGACUGAUGAAGGACUCAAACGCAGACCGGAACUGGAGCUGCAGAGCAGAUGGGUCUGACAUGGAGUGCAGCGGCCGAGGAGUGUGUGACUGUGGACGGUGUGUGUGUGAGCAGAGCAGACUGGGGACAGUAUACGGGAAAUACUGCGAGAUGGACGAUUUCUCCUGCCCUUAUGAAGGGGGGCUGCUGUGCGGAAGACGAGGUGUGUGUGUGUCAGGCGAGUGUGUGUGUGACGACGGCUGGACAGGUGAGAGCUGUGGCUGUCCCGUCUCCACUGCAACCUGUCAGUCACUGAACGGCUUGAUUUGCAGCGGGCGAGGCAGGUGUGUGUGUGGAAAGUGUGUGUGUGACGACCCCAAACACUCCGGGGACUUCUGUGAGAGAUGUCCUGCUUGUCAAAGCAGCUGCCAGUCGCACUGGAAGUGUGUUGACUGCCACCUCUCUCAUGGCCUCACACGAGAAGAGGUGGGACACUGCAACAACACCUGCACACCCUUGGUCGGAUACACAGAUGAUGUAGCAGGUCAAGCAGGGGAGAUGUGGAUUCAGUGUAUGUACAUCAGUAAGGACAGCUGUCGCUAUCGGUUUCAAACCAGCUCCCAGUCCGGUCGGACGCAGCUCCACAUCAGCACAAGACCAGAGUGCGUCAGCAGCGGCCGCCUGGUGGGAACUUUCCUUAGCGUGUGCGCCCUGACGGUGCUGUGCGGCCUGGUGGUGGUGGCCGUGUCCCGACUGCUGCUGCAGAAGAGGAGCUUGUCACCGGGGGGCGCUGCUGAGGACGGAGGCUACCACUGCACUGGAAAGGAUCUGUCAUACAUUCCUACAACCAAUGAGAAGACAGUAACCUACAGGAGGGACCGUCCACCCGACCGCCCCUUGGAGAUGCACAUCCAGGUUCCCAAGAUGCCCCUUGGUGACCCCUGGCAGUGCUAGGCGGAGGUCAAAAGGUAGUAGAGACACACAGAAGGCAAGCUGGACUAAAGACUUCUUUUCUUACCUCUCAACCUUCGUAAAACUUCAACCAGCUUGGAGACUCCGAUAAUGGAAUUGUAUUUGUAAAAAGAACAGACCAAACUCUCACAGACUGUGUGAAUAAUGUGGCCAGUAUCCUGGAAAUCCAACAAAGAGCACAAGCCCCCCACCUCUCCUUCCUCUGUAGCAGCAGGGAGGCUACUUCUUCUACAGGGUAAAAGGUGAUCAUUUCCCACUUUUUAGCCAUGCAGUGAUGACGCCACUAACUUAUGAGUGUGUGCGUGCGUGCGAGUGUGUGCGUGGUGCAAGUAGAUGCAUGUGUGCUUUCUAUUUAUAAUUUUACAUUGAAAACACUACAUGUGAUUGUGCAACACUCCAAGGAUCCAACUGUACUGUCUCCCUGUCUUAGUCUGCCCCCGUGUGGUCAGCGUGAUGUACGACAUUUUGUCUCGAAUAAUACACAUUACUGACCUCAGCUGUGCUGCCAUGGUACCAAUGACUCUGUAUGCCUUUUUUAUUUUUUGCUUUGAUCAGUCAUGUGUGGCAUACUUAGUCUUUUAGCGUUUUCAGAUGUUGCUUUGAUGCAUUUUGUUUUUGUUAACCAAUCAAUUGCGUUACAAAUGAUUUUGUGGCAUUUUUCUGUCAUCAUAAGUAAGAUUAUAGUUUCAUAUGAGAGGCUGUUGUUAAUAAUCUGGUUAGACUUGCACUAGAACAAUUGUUUUUGCAUUAUACUACUGAGAACUGUGGGGUCUUGGGGGCAGGAGAGUUGUAAAGAUGGGUUUGAAGUGAUCAGUUUGCUAUAUGUUGGGCAUUAUAAUGUAUUUAUAAGUGCAUUUGAAGCUAAUGUAACAAAUCCACUGGAACACUGGAAUAACAAAGGAGGGAGAUUCAUAUUUAAAAUACUGACGUACUAACAAUUAAUGGCAAAUGUAUCAUGAAACACCUGAACAUGUGACCUCUACAUCAGAACUGUGUGUCUGCAUGCACCUGCUGAUCAUCCCAGAGCCAAUUAUACAGACUUUGUGGACGAGUUUAGACUGAGAAACGGUACAAACCAGCUCUGAAGGUACUGAGAUCAGAGGUGGAAUUUAACUCCUCACACUCCUCACACACUAGAUCUCCUGAAUCCAGACUGCCAGUUGCAUGGCAUGUUGUAAGGCUUUCGCUUUCCCAGUCCUGUUCCUUUUUUUGAUUUUUAUUUAACACGUUGUUUACAGCAGUAGCUGCUCUAUUUUACUGUAAGUUUUGAACACUAAUGAUUAUUUAUUGUGAUUCUGUUCUAUUCUCUUUUUUAUUUGAUAUGUUCAUUGUACUAUUUUACAAGAAGGCUAUAUGAGAUAGAGAUAGUGAGUGCUGUGGGUGGUCUCUGUCUCUAACUAUGAGAUUAAUUCAGCAAUAAGGUAUUAAUCAUCUCAUCUAACCGGGCAUUGAGUUCGGAGUAACAACAGCACUUUUUAAAAUGUAGUUUUGCUGUCAAUCAAUGUGACUAUUGUGUAGCAUGACUGUUUUCAUCACAAUAAAAAUGUGCAAGAUUUUUUAAA